UCAUUUUGACAAAACCCCCCUGUUUGUGAUUUAAACGGAAGUGAUAUUAUAGAAAGUGCCCGGAUUAACAUAAUAUGAUGGCGAGUAGCUGUCGAAAAGUGGUAUCGAAGUAAAUCCGGACUAACAUCAUGUGUAUAAAAAUGGUUGUGAAUUAGAUUUGUGUUUACAGGAGGAUAUCUUGUGCAGGGAUAAUCGUCAAGAUGUCGACUGAAAAAGUUCGAGUGGCCGUGAGAGUCAGGCCAAUGAACAGGCGAGAAAUUGAUAUGUCGACCAAAGUAGUUGUGGAUAUGGAGGACAACCAAACGGUGCUUUAUCAUCCAAGCAGUCCAGCAGAUGGCAGUGUCGACAGGAAGUCAAGAAGGGAACAGCCAAAGACAUUUGCAUUUGACAACUGCUUUUGGUCUAUGGAUGAAAAGAAUCCAAAGUUUCAAGGCCAAGAGGAUGUCUUCAAUAGCGUGGGCAAGGAUCUACUGGAGAAGGCAUUCAAAGGUUACAAUGGCUGCAUCUUUGCGUAUGGACAGACAGGGUCAGGGAAGUCAUACACAAUGAUGGGGAGCGUGCCGAGUGGAGGGAAGGGGAUCAUACCCCGGCUGUGUGAUUUGAUGUUUGACCGAAUCGCCGAGCUCCGCAGCGAGGACACCAACUUUAAAGUGGAGGUCUCCUACAUGGAAAUCUACAAUGAGAAAGUGCACGAUCUCCUGGACCCAAAAGGAAGUAAGCAGAAUCUCAAAGUGCGUGAACACAAUAUCCUGGGACCAUAUGUGGAUGGUUUGUCCAUGCUGGCAGUGGCGUCAUUUGAGGAUAUAGACAACCUCAUGAAUGAAGGAAACAAGUCCAGAACUGUAGCAGCCACUAAUAUGAACAAUGAGAGUAGUCGAUCUCAUGCAGUAUUCAACAUAGUGCUGACCCAAACACUGACCGAUCUAUCAACAGGGGUGAGUGGUGAAAAAGUGAGCAAAGUGAGCCUGGUAGACUUGGCAGGUAGUGAGCGCGCUCAGAAAACUGGUGCUGUUGGAGACAGACUGCGGGAGGGAAGUAACAUCAACAAGUCCCUGACGACCCUUGGCCUGGUUAUAUCAGCAUUAGCAGACCAGUCAGCAGGGAACAAGAAAAAGGAUAAAUUUGUACCAUACCGGGACUCUGUACUGACAUGGCUACUAAAGGAUAAUCUCGGAGGAAACAGUAUGACAGUGAUGGUGGCCACCAUCUCCCCCGCGGCUGAUAAUUACGAGGAGACCCUGUCCACUCUACGCUAUGCUGACCGGGCCAAGAGGAUCGUGAACCAUGCUGUGGUCAAUGAGGAUCCAAACGCCAGAAUUAUACGUGAUCUUAGGGAUGAGGUAGACAUGCUGAAACAGCAGCUCAAUGAGGCUCAGAACAAGCAAGCUCCAGUACUGCAAGACAGACUUCAAGAAUCAGAAAAACUUAUCAAAGAGAUGACCAAGACUUGGGAGGAGAAAUUAGCCGAAAAGGACAAAAUCAACCAGGAGAGACAUGAGAAUCUAGAAAAGAUGGGCGUGUCUGUUCAGACAUCGGGGAUUAAAGUAGAGAAGGGAAAAUGUUUCCUGGUCAAUCUGAAUGCUGACCCCUCCCUCAAUGAAAUGCUCGUGUACUACCUGAAGGACCACACUUUGGUUGGACAGCAAGAUGCAGAUGUACAGCAAGAUAUCCAGUUAUCCGGAUUGGGAAUCAUGCCAGAACAUUGUGUGGUGGAUAUCGAAAAUGGAGAUGUCUGGCUAACUCCAAUAGAUGGUGCCAGAACUUGCGUGAACGGCUCUACCAUUCAUCAGAAGACAAAGGUGAAGAACGGAGACCGAAUCCUCUGGGGAAACAACCAUUUCUUCCGGAUAAAUUGUCCCAAGCAGAACAGUCCCCAGUCACAGCCCGCUGAGCUGGACCAGACCAUUGACUACAACUUUGCUCAGCAAGAGCUGAUGAUGAAUGAGUACUCCAAUGACCCCAUACAGGAGGCCAUCUGUGACCUAGAGAAGCAGUACGAGGAGGAUAAGCAGGAGGCUUUGGAGAAACAGAGGCAAGAAUAUGAACAGAGAAUGCAGUUACUAAGAAACCAGAUUAUGUCCCCGGGAACCCCCAGUAAUCCUUUCCUCAACUUCAACAGCUUUACCCCGCCUGGUUCUGGUUCCCAGAAUACACUGCAGAGGAAGUACCAAAAGUGGGCUGAAAAGAGGAAGAGUAACCUUAAGAACAGCCUGCAGGUGCUGAGGGAGGAGGUAUUGAAGGCCAAGGCUCUAGUCAGGGAGGCAAACGAUCUGUCCCAGGAAAUGGGCAAGAAAACUGAAUUCCAGGUCACUCUGCAAAUUCCAGCCAACAGCCUCAGUCCUAACCGCAGGAAAGGCAAUGGCUUUGUUAGUGAGCCAGCCAUUUUAGUGAAGAGAAAGAGUCGCCCUAAUCAAAUUUGGUCAAUGGAAAAGCUGGAGAACAAAAUUAUUGACAUGAGGGAAAUGUACGAGGAGCGGAAAUCCUCGGGACAGCCCAUGAUGGUAGAAGACACUGACUCCUGGGACGACAAGCCGCUCGUGAAGGGUGACCCUUUCUACGAGUCCCAGGAGAAUCAUAACUUGAUAGGAGUAGCCAACAUCUUCCUGGAAUGCCUAUUUCAUGAUGUUACUCUGGACUACCAUGUGCCAAUUAUAAGCCAGCAAGGGGAGAUUGCUGGAAAGUUGCACAUCCAGAUCUCUAAGUUGGGCGGAUCUUUUCUGGAGCGUUACGGCGACACGACAAAUGAGGACAUUGAGGACACUGAUCCAGCCGUGUCCAGGGGAACUCCAAUGAUUGUCAGGUUGACGAUCCUCUCAGCUAAAGGCCUCCCCUCUUCUAUGUCCAACUUUGUGUUCUGUCAGUACACAUUCUGGGGUCAGGAGGAUUCUGUGGUAGUCCCUCCCCAAAUCAACCCAGACAUGGUGGAGCGCCAGAACUCUACAGGUGACACAGUGAUGGUCAAAUUCCAGCACAAAAAGGAUUUCAAAAUCAGUUUAACUGAGGAGUUUAUUGAGAACUGUCAGGAUGGGGCCCUGUCUAUAGAAGUUUGGGGGCAUAGGGUCACCUCCACCGGCAACAGUGAGACAGACAUUGCCAAGACAGUCAAAGCCAAAACCCGCUCCCUGACUGAAAGAUGGAAUGAAGUUAAAAGGAAGAUGGAGCUGUGGGUGGAGAUAGACGAGCUGAACCAUCAGGGGGAAUGGUCAGCGGUGGAGGUCCAGUCCAAGCCAGACGUCCCCUCCGCUGGGGUGUUCCAAUUACAGCAGGGUCAUUCUCAUAGAAUUAAGGUGCAAGUGAAGACGGUCACAGAGUCUGGGACCUUACCUCUGAUACCAGACACCAUUACCUCCAUCUCUGUAGGGGGUAUCACCAACCGUAGCAAACUACAGAAAGGGCUGGACAGCUACCAGGAGGACGACCUGACAGGACUCAGAGAGAGGUGGUCCGAUGCACUGGCCAAGCGUACAAAAUACCUCAAUGAACAAAUACAGAACCUUAUCAACAAACCAGACAAGACCGAGGCUGAUUCUGAGCGAGAGAGGGCACUGUUAGACCAGUGGGUGUGUCUGACAGAGGAAAGGAAUGCCGUGAUGGUCCCUGCCCCAGGGAGCGGUAUCCCUGGGGCACCAGCCGAUGGUGAGUCGGCCCCGAACAUGGAGAGACACACGCCUGUUUUGUUCUUGGAUCUCAAUGCUGACGACAUGAGCACCUCGAGUGCCAGAGAGGGCUAUCUAGCCUCGGGGGUCAACUCUAUUUUACCCAAAGAGCAUGCAGGAUCUUUUGUCAACCUUCCCAUCUCAAAAGCUGAAAUGGAUAAUGGUUCUAUUUAUGCUGUUGCAUCCUGGAAUUCCACUGUACAUGACUCCGAGUUGCUGAACCGCGUCACUUCGUCCAACGACCGUAUCUAUCUGAUCGUGAAGGUGGUGGUUAGACUGAGUCACCCAGCCUACAUGGAGCUUGUGCUGAGGAAGAGGUUGUGUAUCAACAUCUACAACAGUCUCAGCUUCACCUCCCUUACUGGCAAACUCAAGCAGAAAAUCACUGGGACGGAAAAGUUUUAUCAGAGUGGCAUUACCUACAGUUUGGUCUCCAACAUUCCAAAAGCUUCUGAAGAUUUAGAAAACAUGGAGACCUUGGCUCAGAUGGCAGCCUCCCAGAACGAGACGAGCACAGCGGACGGCGAGUCGUACAUAGAGAAGUACCUGAAGGGUGUGCAGGGGGUGGAGAGUAUACUGAUGGUGGACAGACUGCGACAGGAAGUGGCCGUCAAAGAACUGUCUUCCCAAAAGUCCAAGUCCCUCACCAAAACCUACAGUGUCCCUAACAUCCACCAGAGUCUGCUGUCACCUUUAAAGGACAUACAGCAAAAUCUGCGAGCAGACAGUAUCCAAGACCUAUCGCAUGACAUGACCAUGUCUCCCGGUCGUCUAGGAUCGCCAGAGAGACCCAGCUUUCUGAACUUGAGAUCGAUCGCGAUCUCUCCACGUACGUGUACUACUCUUCUCUCGAUGUGUUACCACGCACUGGCCAAGUCUGCGCUGAGUCCUCAUGGGGGUAAGACUGUAAAACUUCUGAACACACUGCAGGAGGAACAGGACCGGCGGGAGAAGAAGCCCCUCCUCAGGAGAGACACUGAAGAGGACAUGGAUGUUGAGGAGGCUUCAGUGAGAAAGCCUCAGUCCUCAAAAAUUGAAGCAGACCCUCACAGCGUUGAAUCGGAUGACUUUCAGGAAUUCGAGUCUUACAACCCAAAUGAGGAGGGUCACAAAACAGUCACAUCAGAUGGAAUCGCCCGUUCCGGUACUAAUGACAGUCUGACUGAUGUACAGUGUAAAAACUUCACUCCCAGUCUGGUCUCCAGUGGAUAUGGAUCUCAAGCAGUCUCUAUGUUAACUUUAUCAUCUGAAGAUUCACUCAGUAUCAAGAGCAUUGAAGACAAUAUAGAGUCAAAUAAAGAUUCCCGAGGAGAUCAGAAAAGCAGUAUGGAACAAACAAGCAGUGACUCUGAUAAUGAAGAAAACAAAGAGGGCUCAAAUAUACUCGGCACAGGAAGUGAUUUAGAGGAGGUUCAAAUUCAGAAAGAGGCUGUGUCUUUAAAUUCUAAUAAUGGCGAUCAAGUGACAGAUGGAGCCUUAGUGGCUCCUGAAAGUGAAGAGUUGAAUAAGUCAAAUUUGGAUUCAAAUUGUUCAUUAGACACAUCAGGUUCAUCGGUGGAAGCAAGAGAUGGAAGUUUGUCAGAAAAACCAGACCCCAAUAAUAGCAAUAUUCAUUCUACAAUUUGUGAUACAUCUUUAAGUGAAAUUAGUGAAGAUGUAGAAAACUCUAACAACACUUGCGAGUCACCUGGAAUAUCUCAGUCAGAGAGAUUAAAACGUUCAAAAGAGGAGAGAAAAAAGAUUGUGGAAAGUCUUGGUGCUAUAAGUAAAGACACUGGAUCAAACAAAACCAAGAGGAACAAUGGCAAAUCAGGCAAGCCACCAUGUGAGUCACAGGGGCCCAGUGCAAUAAACGAGUUUGUAGAUCCUUACAGUGAAACAGCCAUGGAGGAGCUGGAGAGGCUGGGGUUUGAGGAGGACAAUGAGUCCUCAGAGGAAUCCUCGGAGAAAUCCCCCACACUGAGGACCGAGGAACUGCAGAUAGUGGAAGCCCCGAAAAGCCAGGGAAGGAAGGGUCAGGGUCAGCCCCGCCCCCGAUCCUGCAUCCUGUCACCCUCUCUUGACAUGAUGUCCAUCGUGGAGGAGAGCAUGAAGAGGAACAGUCUGACCCUACAACUGUCAGAGGAUGAAAUGUCAGGUAAUGAUGACUCUGUGAGUGUGUGUUCAUUCGGGAGCCGGGCAGACCUGGACAGGCUACAGGAAGUUCCGGUUCCUUCCUGGGUCCAGAUUGAUGAGAGCGUCAUCGUUCAGCCAACAAAGGGAUCCCCCAAAACGGGGGUGGUCAAGUUUGUGGGAAACGUGGAGUUUGCCACAGGACCCUGGGUGGGGGUGGAGCUAGACUUACCUGAAGGUAAAAAUGAUGGAUCGGUCAACGGCACCAGGUAUUUCAAGUGCAGAUCUCGACAUGGCAUCUUUGUGCGACACGAUAAACUGGUCCUAGACAAGAAGAGGAGAGGUUCGCGGAAAAAAGCCAAAGAUCUGGCCAAACGACACAGCAUGGGGAGCAUGGGUAAUCUGGGGACCAGUCCAAACACAAGGUUAACUGGGAACCAAUCUAGUCCAAACAGUACAGUACUGAAAGCCACAGCAGCCAGUAGUGCAAAGAAGAAAUAAAUCAGCCUCUACUCAUGACGUGACGCUGAUCUAGUCUAGGUUGUACAACUAUGUGAUAGAGUUACAGUUGUGUAUACUUACGCACAUUUACUACAAGUUUCACAUACUGAAUUUUAACAGCCUGUGUUCUAUACCAUCCAUUUUCUUUCUUGAUAAAACAUGUUUAUAAUAAAGAAGUACUUAGCGAAGAUCCUUAAUUAAUGCAUGUGACGAUUAGCAUUUAUGUUGUACAUCUGUAUGUUCAGUAGCUAAUAUUGGUUUACCAUGAUAUAAAAUUCGGAUCACUUAAUUGACCUUAAUGUAACCACCUCAUGAAAUGAUGGUACAAAGUUCUCUAAUAGUUCAUGUAUAUGUAUGCUUCUAAUGAAGGGCAUUUUCUCCCCAUUGCUGUUUUACCGAUAUUAAGACUAUUUAUUAAUUGCUAACUGUUACCAUGAUUAUCAAGCUUAGUAAGCCAUGUUACAUUUACCAGCUUUCAGUAUUAUACAUUUUAGAAUUUUUUUUCAUCAAUUUUUCGGGUGAUAUUUCCACAAAGUUUGAGCGAUAUUUUAUUAAUGUUUUUAUGUGGACGAGGCGAGGUUUUUGUGUGAGACACGGAAUAUACAUUGAGUACUUCCAUUUUUAAGAAAAGGCUUUCAAGUUCAUGAAGAGAAUUCCAUGGAUGUGGAUCUUGGAUCUCAAUUUUAAGAUAGGUCUUCCACCUGGUAAAUGAUAAUAUAUUGCACAAGAGAGCUAGAAUGAGUGAUAGUGUGUGAUGAAGAUAAAAGUAUGAUAUGUACUGAUAAGUUUCUGAAUGUGUCAAAGACGUACACAUGGACGGUUACAUCUUGCUGGGAAGAGGGAAAGUUCUUAUCAUGUCUGAUUCAGAUUGUACAAGAACUUUUGUAUGAAAUAUCAGUGUUUGGAGACGUACCAGAUUUGUACCCUUUAUAUUUUCACUGCAUGAUCAAUUAUUGCAGUACUUUUAUCAGUUUUUGACAGAAAAUAUUAAAUUUAACAGUAGUUGGUUUCCUAGCACUUGAUGGUUUCCAGUUUCUUUUUUUUUUUUUCAAAUGUUGACCAGAAAAAAAAAUGUCAGCAGAGACACAAUGAUUUUGCGGUGUUUUCAUCAUGGCCAGAAUUUGGUUACAAAAUGUGCAACUUCAGUGAGUUUGAUGAGGACUGGAGAAGUGAACAACACAUUAAAUAGUGAAAUAGCUAGGGAGUGAGUGAAUACUCUCUCUAUACUGGACAACAAGUGUAAAGCCAAGAUUUCUGGUUUGUUAUAACCCUCACCCAUUUUUUAAAAUGUGGACCAUACAUGCGGUAACUAGACUUAAUCAGUAUCAAUUUUUGCACUAGUCGUUAGCAUUCUGUAAAUUCCUUACUUUACGUGGGUCUGAUUCGGGGAUUCCACUGUUUUUUAUCAAAUCACGAGAAUAAAAAAUCACGAGCACCAAUUUUUUGUUAUAAUGUCUUAAAGUUCAAAACUGAUAAAAAAAAAUAAAAGUGAGAUAAAAUCUGCAAGGGAUGCCCAAGAUUUUAUGCAGAUAUUAAUUCCUCACGUUUUAUAAGGAAUCUACAGUAAUCAAAAUAAUUUUCAUGAAAGUGACUUAACAAUUAGCUAGGUUAUAAAAGUACUGACUUUUGGAAUUUUUUGGGGUAUUUCAUAUCAAUAAAACAACAACUAGAUGUGAUAGGAUCUUCAUUUCUUCAAACGUGUGUAAUAAGAUGAUGAAUUUGAACAUGAGGUGCCUGCAAGCUUAUAACUGCAUGAUUGUAAGCCAAGUCCUAUCAUAACAGUUGCAAUGUGAAAAUAUUUUCUUUAAGCCUUUUAAUUACAUGUGAAACGUUCACAAAGCUGUCAUUUGCUAAUGAAAUUUAAGGUAUUUAUGUAUCAUAUAUAUAUUAUUGGAAUGUAUUGUGAUCAUGUAAAGAACACUAGCUGUAUAAAGACAUUGCUGUUCAAGCUUCCAAAUUCUGGAUUUUUGUUGUGAAGAAAAACAUAUCAUAUUGUUCUAUUAUCAUCCAGAAACCACUGAAAUCCAAUCCAAAUGUCUAUUACUCAAGUGAACUUAAGGUCGCUUUGUGUUUCGGUCCUUUUGAACAUGAAUGUUGUCAAGAAAUUUUGUUCGACACUGACAUGCAUGUAGAAAUCAUAAGUUGUAGGUGACAUUAAUUUAAUCAUAAUCUUGUUGGUCAAUUAUUGGUCAGCGUUACUCAUCCAAGAUCGUAAAGUUGAUAGAAAGGAACAUCAGGAUCUCAUGAUUAUGUGGUGUUGUGUUCAACAUUCAAAUCUAUAAAACAAUCGCAAUUUUUUUUUACUUUUUCCAGCAAAAUUUUUUAUCCUGCUCUUUUUUCAAAUAUUUGAAGGCUACUUUAAUUCACAGAGAACAAGAAUUGUCAUUUUGAUUUUAAGAUAUGCAGGUAUGAAGAAUUGGGAUUCGGUUUUGUGUCGGAUAGGUUAUUAUUUUUUGUCCUUAGCUAAAGCCUGAUUUUAUAAUGGAAUUUGGAUUUUACACAACAUUUGAGUAUUGGUUCUGUCUUGCUCAGAAAGUGGGAGGUGGUAUAUUUUUAUUGUUGAAUUAAAAUUGAAUUUCCACAGGUUAGAAAUUAAGACAUAUGAGAUAGUGGUUUAAAAUGUUUACAAUACAUGUAUAUGUUUACAUUUAUAUGUCAUUAUUCUAAUAGAAGAUUCAUUCAUGCGUGAAAAUACUCCAUCAGUUUCAUUACUAAGCAUAAUUGUACAUGUACUAUGGCUCUUUCACCUAUUUGUAGAACCUUAAAAUCAUUUUACAAAUUAAAAUGGAGAUAUUGCUUGGAAUGUAAAUUUAAAUUGUUUGUUAUUUGUUUAAGCCACAUUAAACUUGCAAUUCUAAACAAUUUUUUUUUUAAUAAUGAUAUUGUAUAUUUAUCCUUCCUUCAUUGUGCAUAUGAAUAAUUUUUUCUUGAUUGUAAAGUGCUGCCCAAAAGUUGUUACAAAGCUUUGUGAUAGUUUACUUUGUUAUUAUAGUUUUUGUGUCUGUGUUGUGAUGUACUCAGGCGAUGGCGAGAAUGACAUUCCAUUAUUUAUGUUAUAUAUACAUGUAUACUGUUUAUGCAUGUGCCUGCAAUAGGUUUAGAGCUGACAUUUUUGCAACAGAUAUUUGAAAGGAAAAAUAGGAACCUCCUUCCUCAUCAAAAUAUUCUAUAGUAUUUUGUCCUAAUUAUCAUAUACAUGUAUAAUAUUCAAAGAAUCUUUUUUGGAAAUUUUUGAUUUUAAAAGGGGAAACAACUAAUGGUGAUACAUGUACAUGUAUUGCAAAACUUAUAUGUGCUGGUCAUUAAUUUUGUGAUGUUAUCAUGAGCUGAUUUUGUUUAUAAAUAUCAUUUAAUAAAUGAUUGAAAAAAAUAUUAAA